CGGCCCGGCCCGGGCCCUGCGCCAUGUCCACGGGCUGGUUCCGGCGCCGCUUUCUGCCCGGGGGUCCGGUGCCAUCGCCGCGCCCCGCUCGGCCGCGUGCCAGCCCCGUGCCCUACCGGCGACCCCGCUUCCUCCGCGGCUCGGGUUCGAGCCCUGGCCCCGCCGCUGACGCCACCCGCCGCCCGGGCAACCGGCCUGUGCACAGCCCAGCGCGAGGGCGCACGCUGCCCUGGAACGCCGGUUAUGCCGAGAUCAUCAAUGCAGAGAAAUCCGAAUUCAACGAGGACCAGGCCUCCUGCGGGAAGCUGUGCGUACAGAGAUGCGAAUUUGGGACAGAAGGGGACCAGGAGUGGCUGACCCUGUGCCCACAGGAGUUCCUCAGCGGCUAUUACUGGGCCCUGUUUGAUGGGCAUGGAGGUCCAGCCGCAGCCAUUAUGGCUGCCAACACCCUGCACUCCUGUCUGCGGCGGCAGCUGGAAGCCGUAAUAGAAGGUGUGAUUGCUGCUCACCCCCCCAUGCACCUCAGUGGCCGCUGCGUCUGCCCCAGUGACCCCCAGUUUGUGGAGGAAAAGGGGAUUAGGGCAGAAGACGUGGUGAUCGGGGCUCUGGAGAGUGCCUUCCAGGAGUGUGAUGAGGUGAUCGGGCGGGAACUGGAAGCCUCGGGCCAGACGGGCGGCUGCACAGCCCUGGUGGCUGUGUUCCUGGAGGGAAAGCUCUACGUGGCCAAUGCUGGCGAUAGCAGGGCCAUCUUGGUUCGGAGAGAUGAAGUACGACCCCUGAGCUCAGAGUUUACCCCUGAGACUGAACGACAGCGAAUCCAGCAGCUGGCCUUUAUGUACCCCGAACUUCUGGCUGGCGAGUUCACUAGACUUGAGUUUCCUCGGAGGCUGAAGGCAGAUGACUUAGGGCAGAAGGUUUUGUUCCGGGAUCACCACAUGAGUGGUUGGAGCUACAAGUGCGUGGAGAAGUCGGAUCUCAAGUACCCACUGAUCCAAGGACAGGGUAGGCAGUCUCGGUUACUGGGAACACUGGCCGUCUCCCGAGGCCUGGGAGACCAUCAGCUCCGAGUCUUGGACACGAACAUUCAACUCAAGCCCUUCUUGCUCUCUGUCCCACAGGUGACUGUGCUGGAUGUGGACAAGCUGAAGCUGCAGGAGGAGGAUGUGGUCGUCAUGGCAACCGAUGGACUUUGGGAUGUCCUGUCCAAUGAGCAAGUGGCACAGUUGGUGAGGGGCUUCCUCCCUGGCAACCAGGAGGAUCCACAUAGGUUCUCAGAGCUGGCCCAACUGCUGAUACAUAGCACACAGGGGAAGGACGACGGUUCCACAGGGGAAGGGCAAGUGUCCUACGAUGACGUCUCUGUGUUUGUGAUUCCCUUGCACAGCCAGGGCCAUGGGAUUCAUGGCCAAUGAAGAUUCAAAUGCUUCCCAGUGGCACCCCAAAGCCAGGUGCAGUGUGUAGGCAUUCCUCUACCUCACCAACAGAAGGACCACCCCCACUGCUGGCCCUAUCCCAAACAGUAUAGGGUUCUUAUGUUACAACCCACUGCCAAACCAUUCCUGGAACCUAUGAGCAGGAAGAGAGAGAGAGCCCAGUUCCCAGCUCCUACCUUCAGUGGGCAGGGAGAGUGAUAAUGCCAAGGAUGAAAUCAUCCUGAUUCUAAGGCAGCUCAGGAGCCUCAACAGUCCCCAGGGCUAAGAAUAUUGACUAAAGAGAGGUGCAAGUAUUUGAAAGUCUACAGUGAAUUAUCAGGCCUGGAAGUCAUACAAAGUGCCUUAGAAAGCUGUGGGAGCUUCCCGCCUGCUGAGACCACCACCAGCUGAUCUGGACCAGCUUCUGCUCCACUCCCUCCACCUCCAGAAGAGAGAAUCACUGUGAGGCUCAAGUGGCAGAAAACAAAAUGGGGCAGGAAGAAUGGACAGAAUGGGGGUUCCAGUUGUUGCUUCAUGGUCUUUGCCCUGCUUUAGGGUGAUACCCAAAUUUUGUUUUAUUUUUGGGCCACACUCCUGGCUCUGUGCUCAGAAAUCACUCCUGGCAGGCUCUGGGGACCAUAUGGGAUGCCGGAGA